CCGUCGACUACUCGUCUACUCGUAUCGAAACUCUCUCUCUCUCCUCUCGAUCUCUCGAUCUGGCGAUGCUGCCAGCGGCGAGGCACUCCGGCAGGUUCCAGCGGAUCGUCAUGGGCGGCACGGUGUCCGGCAGCCAGCGCAGCUCGGCUUGAGCAGCGUAGCGUGGUGGCGGCAGCGUCCGGCGUGGCUUGGGCAUCGGGAGGCGCGGCGGGCCGGCGGGCUGGUGGCGCGGAGCAAGCGGCCAGCGCCCACGACGAGCACGCAGCGGGUAGUAAUAUCAAAGACGGAAGUGAGAGAGAAGGAAGAGGAGUUACCGUUGUUUUCUCUGAUUGGUGGGCCCGACAUGGCUCGCUAGGACGCGCUCGCGUGCAAACUUGGAUUCCUGACGGCUCCUCAAGAGUCAAGACUGACCUGCAGGCAACUUUUCAAAUUAUAUAUCUCGCCGAGAGCUCCUCCCAGGCAACAAAGUGUUUUGUCCGCGGCUCAGCACCACCAUCUCACGCCAGAGCGGGCCAUUAUCGCCACCGUGCUUCUGAGCACCUACAGUUUCAGUCUCUCUUCACUGCACACGAUCUGUCACCAGUGCUGCUUCUCGUUUCAGCAGAUCAGCAUAUCUCUCCUCAUUUGCUCAUUAAUUUGUACCAGCACAAAAGAACAAGCUACAGGGCACAAGUAUGAAAGAACCAGUGGAGCUAACGUUUCAGGAUUUUCGAGAAAUGACAGAUGAUUUCUCGGAGGAGCGGAUAGUUGGGGCAGGAGGAUUUGGAAUAGUUUACAAGGGAGUGACUAAACAUGGAGUGGAUGUUGCUGUAAAGAUACUUCGUCGUGGCAGUAAUCCAGAUCUUGACUUCAAGCAGUUUCAAAACGAGUUUUCUAACCUCAUGAAGGUCAAGCAUGAAAAUAUUGUACAAUUUCUUGCUUAUUGCUAUGAAACAGAGACAACACGUAGCGAAUGCAAUGGAAUAAUAGUGCGUAUUGAGGAGAUACAUGGGGCACUCUGCUUUGAGUAUAUGCACAAUGGGAGCCUUAAAAAUCAUCUUUCUGAUGAGUCUUCCAGACUUGACUGGCAUACACGGUACAAAAUUAUUAAAGGAACAUGUGAAGGUUUAAGAUAUAUUCAUCAGACAGAAUCUCUUCUACACCUAGACCUAAAACCUGACAACAUAUUACUAGAUCAGGACAUGGUGCCAAAGAUUGCGGACUUUGGUUUAUCCAAGAUCUUUGGUGAUGAUCUAACAAGGACAACAAAAAGUCCUUUAGGAACACCUGGAUUCCAGCCACCAGAAUUCAUCGACAAAGGAGAAAUCUCAGAAAAGUUCGACAUAUUCAGCUUGGGUGUCAUAAUAAUAAAGAUAGUGUCAGGACCAGAAGGCUACCCCAAAUGCCAAUACAUGCCUUCGGAAGAAUUUAUUGAUCAGGUCAAAGGAAACUGGAGGAAGAGAUGGCAGACAAGCAGUAUCGAUUCCUUACUUGAAUCAGCAUGGUGCCGCCAAGUAGAGACAUGCACUAAAAUAGCAUUAUUGAACUGCUUGGAGAAAGAUAGCCAAAAAAGACCUCAUAUUGUCAAGAUCAUCAAUAUGUUAAAUGAGACAGAAACUAAUAAUUACGAGGAGAGACAGAUUUUUCAGCCUCCCGAGAAUGGACACAAUACUGUGUGCGGGACGACAAGGCAUAAUAAGAUGGAGCUGAUAGAGGAACAUAAAGUGAUCACUGAUGUUGGGGAAGAUCUAAUUGUAGGCAGGGGCGAAGAGAAAAAUAAAAUAGUGGCUUCUUUACUUGAGAGCAUCAAGUCAGCGAAGCUCGUCAUCCUUCCUAUAUAUGGUAUUGGAGGAAUUGGCAAGACAACCUUUGCGAAACUAAUUUACAAUCAUACAAAUUUCAAAUAUUACUCUCACGUCUGGGUCUAUGUGUCCCAGAGAUUUGACUUAAAGGAAAUUGGUAAAUCUAUAGAUUCACAGCUAUCUGGGGAGGAGAACCAAGCUAAUGAGCAGCUAAUAAGUAAGGAAAUUCUGAUUGUCUUAGAUGAUUUUUGGGAGGAUAAUCCAAUUAAAAUAGAGGAGUUGAAGGAUAUGCUAUAUCGUGGUGAUAGCAUUAAAACAGUCAUUGUUUUAAUAACUACACGGAGUGCAGACAUUGCCCAGAAAAUUUGCAGAAACAUUGAACCAUAUCAGAUAGAGUCCUUGACAGAUGAAAUGUGCUGGGAUAUAAUUAAAGAGAAAAGUGGUUUGAAGGGUGUACGUGGCAAAGAAAAUGAAAAUUUGGUGGAUAUAGGAAAAAAGAUUGCCCAGAAGUGUGGAGGUGUGGCCUUAGCAGCUCAAACUCUUGGAUUCAUGUUGCGGUCCAUCAAACACGAUGAAUGGAUCACAGUGAAAAACAGUGAUAUCUGGAAUGAAACUAUUUCAGAGGAUACCUCUUUGCCGCAACAUGUUCUUGCAUCCUUGAAAUUAAGUUAUGCUUUCAGUAUGGAUGACUUCUUGAAGAAAUGUUUUACCUAUUGUGCAAUCUUCCCAAAGGGUCACCGGAUAGUUAAAUAUGAUCUAAUCUACCAAUGGAUUUCUCUAGGUUUCAUUAUGCCUACGAAAAUAUUGUCCACCUUGCAGCUCUGUGAGAAGUAUAUUGUGCGCCUGCUGGGACUGACUUUCCUUCAACAUUCAACAUCAGCAAAGACUUAUGGAACGUAUGGUGAACAUGACACCUUCUUCACUAUGCACGACCUGGUGCAUGACUUGGCAGUUUCAGUCCUUGGUGACAGAAUUCUAUAUCAGAGCAAACAAGGCAACGAUGGGGGGAGCAUCUGCCGCUAUGCAUUGCUCCAUGACAGUAGCAAGCCACUAGAGUCAUGGACGACUUUUCCUGACAGGCUAUGGGCACUGCAUUUUCUGAACUGUCAGUGGAUCGAUGUACAUGGUGCUGCAUUUGAACUUGGUGAGUCCUUGCGAGUGUUGGAUUUAAGCGAGUGCUCGAUACAGAAGUUGCCAGAUUCUAUUGGUCUACUGAAGAGGUUGAGGUAUCUUAAUGCUCCAAGGAUCCGGGAACGGAUGCUUCCAGAAUGCAUCACUAAGCUCUCGAAGUUGAUGUAUCUCAGUCUUCGCGGAUCUUGUUACAUCCUAGAACUACCAGAGUCGAUUGGGGAAAUGGAAGGUCUGGUGCAUCUUGAUUUAUCAGGUUGCUUGGGAAUAAAAACACUGCCAGCAUCAUUUGGUAAUCUUACAAGUUUGGAGCAUGUGGAUUUUGCAAAUUGCAAAAAUGUCACAGGAGUAUCAAAAUGCCUGGCUAGCUUUACAAAACUGCAACAUUUGAACUUAUCAAACUGUGAAAGUAUUGGAGACUUACCAAGAGCAUUUGGCAGCCUCACAGAAUUGCAAUACUUGAACUUAUCAGACAGCUCAUACCUUUCUGGAAACAAACUUACUCUGCCAGAGUACCUGGGCUCACUCGCCAAAUUGAAAUAUCUUCUGGGCUCCCUCACCAAACUCAAAUAUCUAAACCUGUCUUCAAGUAAUAUCUAUGUAAACCUGUCCCCAGGCAAUCAACAGCGCAUCAUCAGCUCGCCUGAAGCUUUCGGUAGCCUCACUGAACUCAAGUAUUUGAACUUGUCACAUCACUGUUUUAUGGGAAAAUUGCUACCAUCGUUUGGGAAUCUUUGUAACUUGGUGCAUCUUGACUUAUCAUACUGUUAUCCUGUUCGAGGUCUUCCAGGAGCUUUGAAUGGGCUUACCAAGCUCCAAUAUUUGGAUUUAUACAAGUGCUCCGGUUUUGAUGCCAUGGAAUGGCUACAAGACGCUUUUGGUAAUCUCAGUGAACUUCAACAUUUAAAUUUAGGCUGCUGCAUCGGAAAAAUAUCCUAUCAUCCAGACAAAAUAAAUGCUCUCCUGGGGUGGAUCUGUAAUCUUACCAAUCUAGAGUACCUGAGUCUUCGUGAGAAUGAUACCAUUUAUAGCAUACCUGAAACUCUUGCUAACCUCAGGAAGUUACAUACACUGGACCUUUCGUUUUGCAGUAGCCUGCAGAGGCUGCCGGCAAGUAUAUCUGAAAUUGAAAGCUUGAAGUUUCUAUAUACUAUGGAAUGUUGGAAGUUGGAUAGGUCCACCCUGCCUAGUCCGCAUUUUGUGGCCCAUACUGGUGAUGGUGAAUCUAGCAGCUAUGUUUUUCAGUACGAGGAUGGAAAUCCUGCUCGGCUAAAGAUAAGUAGGCUUGAAAAUGUGAAGUCGGCAGGAGAGGCACGUACAAUAAAGCCCGUAGGGAAGACACAUAUUACACAAUUAGCAUUAGAAUGGACUAGAGAUGCAAAGAGAUUAGUGGAAGACGCAGAAGUUCUGAGGGAACUAGAGCCACCGCACAGUAUUUCAAUAUUCCGCCUACAUGGUUAUAAUAGCGUCAGCUUUCCAUCCUGGGUGAUGCACCUUGGUGUUUAUUUACCUCAUCUGACAUUUUUUGAGAUGCGGGACUUGCCCAAUUGCAACAGCCUACCACCACUUGGUCAGUUACCAAACCUCAAGGUUCUGGACAUCGGAGGAAUGGACAGCAUUAAGGAGAUUGGCGCGGACCUGUACGGGGGACCAGGAGCAUUUCCUCGACUCGAGAACUUUCGCAUACAUGGUAUGAAAUGGCUGGAAGUGUGGAACACGGUAAACUCCGUGUUCCCCUGCCUCAGUUACGUAUCGAUUAGUGACUGCCCAAGAUUGAGGUUCAAAGGACGCCCGCCACGAAGUAUGGAAGACAAGUUGCAGUUGUCGAUAUGCCGUAGUGAUGAAGUAAUGCUGUCAUCAUGGGUGAACAUAGGCGACGAUACUGAUUCCACAGUCACAACUCUUGAGGUGAUUAGCUGUUUGCUGCCUCUGUAUCAGUGGAGAUUGCUUCGCCACCUUCCUUGCCUCAAGGUUUUAACGAUUGAGGACUGCAGUGAUAUCUCACAUGACUAUCACCGGAUUUCCUUUGCCAUCCCACCUCUCUCACAUCUCUCAGCUCUCACAGUCAGGCCCGGCCCUGAGGGGGUCGAGCUGUGCGGCCAAUCUGAGGACUGCAGAUCGAUAAGAUUGAUGUCCUUCGUUCCAGAGAAUGAUCCAGAGAAUCUGAUUGGUAUGGUUUCAACUCUGGCUGAAGCUGCUCCACUCCAAAGCUUCAUGAGGAGCGAGUUCUAUGUGAAGUUGGAGCUGUCUGAUGGAGGUAUUUGGUUGGGAUGGUAUCCUCAGCUCUAGAAAAGAAGAGUUUGAGGGUAGAUUGUCAUUCUUGCCCUUGGUUUGAAAAUACAUUGUUCUUUGAUAAAAUAAAUGACUUGAACUACUUCUCAUAAAUAUGAAAUGAAAGUACAUGCA